AUGAAGCCUUUAUCUGUCACUCACGUCGACAACAAGGUCACCGAAUGUCGCCGCCAUGGGGCAUCGCUGGACGAUCUCGAUAUUCGACGUACCUUGCCUUUGCAAGACCUCCAUUCAGAUGCCAAGCUCGAAGCGCGCCGCCAUUCCCAUUCCGCUUUCAAGUUCAAAACCAUUACUUCCAUCACUCGUCAUACCAUUUCUUUUAAUUCGGAUAACAAAGAGAAUAUACCACCAUGGUUACAAGAGCCAUCGACCUUGUCUCCCAGAGAACCGGAACCGUCUUAUCGGACCAAGUCGUCGAUUCCAGUAAAGGACAAGUGCAAAUCCAAACUGUCGAUGCGAUCCAACACCCUUCGCCGACUGUCCAACCGUCAAAGCACGACCAAAUCCACAUUGUACAAAAGCAUAUCCACAUCCCCCGCCGCCACCACCACUACCCCUUUCAAAAAACUAUCUACUUGUCUGGGCCCUCUACCAUCAUCGUCGUCUGCAGAAAAUACCGCCGGCUCCGAAAUCACAUCAUCGGAUGCUAAAGUCGCGGAAGUCGCGGAUGAGAAUCAAACGCGUCGAUUGAUGACGGUUCAUUCCAAACAGAUUAAGACUACGAUACAUCAAUAUGCAGCUAAACCGACUCCUCAAACAUCCUUAAACACGAAACACAUAUCCAAAGCCAAGCGUGGCGUGUAUUGUCCUACAUUGACUCCUCCUCCUCGUUCUCCUUCUUCCAACUCAUUGGUAUCCCACAAGUCAUUGACGGAUAUGACCACCGCACGCUCCAAACGAUGCAAGUUAUCCGAUGCAUCCAACCGUCGAUUUUAA